CAGCUCCAUUGCUUCAUCGACGUCUCAUUCAAACAACAAACCACCUCAGAAUCAAGUGUUCAUUUUUUCAUGACAAGCAUGGGAAGAUGACAUACCAUGGACGUCGCUCAUCCCACUGCAGGCUGGGAACAGCUUGGUGAGAGCUUUUACCGCAAGAUCCAACUCUACACCCAAGUAUUUGACCAGGACUUGGACCUCGACAACUAUGUUGUCGCUGGUGCUCCAUAUGGCGGUGCUAUUGCUCUCUACCGCGACGAGGAAAAGCUGAUCGCGUUCCAACCAACGCGAUCACCCAAGCCGAGCAUCGACAUUUACAGCUGCGCGGGCAAGCUAAUCCGCCGCAUCAACUGGGACCAGGGAUCCAUCAAGGGGCUCGGCUGGUCCGAGGACGAAAAGCUCCUCGUUGUCACGGCAGACGGCAUUGUCAGGUGCUACUAUGACUUGCAGGGGGAGUUUUCCCAAUUCUCUUUGGGCAAUGGUGCCGACGAGGCCGGCGUCAAGUCAUGCAGGUUCUAUGCCCACGGGCUCGUUGCCCUCUUGAGAAACAAUGCGCUGGUUUCGGUCUCGUCAUACGACGAGCCGCGUCCCAAGCUCCUGGAAACACCUCCGGAGGGCCAGGUCCACGCAUGGAGCAUCAUCCCGCCUGCCUACACGCUCUCCCGGUCGGUCGAGGUGCUGCUUAGCGUCGACGAGACCAUCUACAUGUGUGAUGCUAGUGCAUGUGAGGACCGAUUCCUGGACAUCGGCCCCUUCAGCCACAUUGCUGUGUCUCCAAAUGGGAAGUUCGCCGCGCUCUACACGACGAGCGGCAAGGUCCAUGUCAUCACUAGCGAUUUUCAGUCCCGGCUGAGUGAGCACGACUCCCGGUCCAAAACCCCGCCCAAGUACGUCGAGUGGUGCGGCAAUGACGCGGUUGUUAUUGCAUGGGAGGACGAAGUCCACCUCCUAGGACCAAGUGGAUCGUUGGCCAAGUUCUACUAUGAUAGUGGCCGGGUGCAUAUCGUUCCCGACUACGACGGAGUCAGAAUCAUAGCCAAUGAUACCUGCGACUUCGUCCAAAAGGUACCGGAUGUCACCGAACAGGUGUUCCGCCUGGGCGCUGAUUCGUCGGCAUCCAUCCUUCUAGACGCUGUCGAGCAGCUCGAGAUGCAGUCGCCGAGGGCUGAUGACAACAUCCAACUGAUCCGGCAUAACCUCGUCGAGGCUGUAGACACAUGUGUGCAGGCCGCCGGCCAGGAAUUUAGCGUCCAUUGGCAGAAACAGCUCCUCAAGGCCGCUUCGUUCGGCAAGUCUGUUCUCGACAUCUACAAUAGCGAUGACUUUGUGGACAUGUGCGAGACCCUUCGUGUGCUCAACGCCGUCCGCUUUUUCGAGGUCGGUUUGCCCAUAUCCUACGAACAAUACCAGCGCCUCUCGCCGUCGGGCCUCAUCGCCCGCCUUCUAAAUCGUCACGAAUACCUUCUAGCCCUCCGGAUUGCCGGCUACCUGCGGCUACAGCCAGAUCGAAUCUACGUCCACUGGGCUGCUGCCAAAGUCCGGCUGGGAUCUGAGGAUGACGACACCAUUUGCAGGAAGAUUGUCGAGAAGUUGUCAGGGAAGCCGGGGAUUUCGUUUGAGGCGAUUGCCCGUGCAGCAUACGACGAAGGUAGACGGCGGCUAGCCACCGAGCUGUUGAACCAUGAACCACGCGCUGGCCGUCAGGUGCCGCUCUUAUUAAGCAUGGAGGAAGACGAGUUGGCUCUAGACAAGGCCAUUGAGAGCGGUGACACAGACCUGAUCUGCUUUGUCCUGCAUCAGCUGAAGCGCAAACUGCCCCUGGCAGACUUUUUCCGUGUCAUCAACAGCCGACCCACGGCCACAGCGUUGGUUGAGGUAUCCGCGCGCCAGGGGGAUGGCGACGGCCGCGAAGACACCACGCUGCUCAAGGAUAUGUACUAUCAGGAUGACCGCCGCUCGGAGGGAGCAGCCGUGUUCAUACGCGAGGCCCUGCGGCAGCCCGAAAGCCGGACGGCAAGCGACAAGCUCUCCCUCGCGGCGAAAUUGCUCUCGGACAAUACCAAGGAACAUGCGUUCGAGCUCGGCGCACUCAGAGAAGCGACCACGCUGCUCCGUAUGCAGGAGGCGUUUGAUCGCGAUCUGACUGACAACUUCACCGGCCUGUCAGUGAACCAGACCAUGUUCAAGCUGAUCCGGCUCGGAUACCACGGCAGAGCCAAGAAGAUUCAGAGUGAGUUCAAGGUGCCUGAGAAGGUGGCCUGGUGGAUUCGACUCCAAGCCCUCGUCGCGAAGCGGGACUGGAACGAGAUCGAGGAAAUAUCCAAACAGCGAAAGAGCCCUAUAGGCUGGGAGCCCUUCUUCAACCAGACACUACAAGCAGGCAACCCCCGUCUAGCAGCCGCCUUCAUUCCCAAGUGCACAGGCCUUGAGCCAGGCCAGAUGAUCUCGAUGUACGAGAAGUGCGGGAUGCGAGUCAAGGCUGCCGAGGAGGCCGUCAAGAUCAAGGAUGCCGAGGCUUGGAGCAGGCUGCUGGAGGCCGCGGGGAGAGGAACCUCGGAGGGGAGGGAGAUUGAAAGGUUGGGUGCGGCUGUAUUCAAGAAGUGAUGACCCUGCUCUACAUCUCUGCAUGUCGCUUUCUCUUGAAUAGGUCGUUUGGGGUCUUAGAUGCAUCGGUGCGGAGCAGGCGUGAGCGUUGAGGUGGAUUUGGCGAUUCCAUGCUACUACUAGUAUAUCCCAUUCAGGUGGUCUAUGUCUGCCGAACGAAGUGUCGCGUCUCGAUAUCACAUGUCCAAGUUUUUCC